AUGAGCUCGGUGUUUGUUGAAGAUAUAAAAAAUCCAGAAAAGGUCGUCAUAGUGAACUCAGUUGCUAAAAAGGCCUCUGAUGACUCGUCCUUGAAUUCAGUAGACGACUAUGUGUCUAGGUUCUUAGAUAUGUCCAAUGAGGCUAGAGAUAACGAUCACAAUGAAAAAAGAAUGCCACUUAGAGAAGGUUUAAAAACAUUUCCAAAGGCAGUAAUGUGGUCCAUCAUUCUCUCUACUGCUUUGGUAAUGGAGGGAUAUGAUACUUACCUUUUGAAUUCUUUGUUUGGUUUUCAGGCGUUCAACAAAAAGUUUGGUCACUUCGAUAAAAGACUCAACAAAUAUAUUAUCGAAGCUAAAUGGCAAACUGGUUUGAAUAUGGGCUAUAAUAGUGGUUGUGUUAUUGGACUUGCAAUUUCUGGUUUUGUAGCUGAUAUUUAUGGUUACAGAAAAACUUUAAUGACAGCUUUGGCUUCUUCCAUAGCUUUGAUUUUUCUUCAGUUUUUCUCUCCUAACAAGGAAGUUUUGUUGCUUGCAUACGUUCUUUUGGGGAUCAACUGGGGCUCUUAUCAAACAUUAACUGUUACAUACGCCAGUGAAGUUGCUCCAACAACUUUGCGUGUAUAUCUCACUACGUAUGUCAAUAUGUGUUGGGUAUUUGGCCAGUUGCUUGGUUCUGGUGUGCUUAAGGCUGUUUCUAGUAUGUCAGAAACGCCGAAUUCAUACAGAAUUCCUUUUGCUGUUCAAUGGGUAUGGCCAAUUCCGUUAAUCAUCGGUGUAUACCUUGCUCCUGAGUCACCAUGGUUCUUAGUCAAAAGAGGAAGAGAUCAGGAUGCUAAGAAUUCCUUGAAGCGUCUUUUGUCUGAGAAUCCACUCAUGCCAGACAAAGAUGUAUUAUCCCAAGCAAUGUUGACAAAAAUCCAGAUGACUGUCAGAGAAGAAGAUGCAAAAGAUGUUGGAAAUUUUAGCGAUUGUUUCAAGGGAACAAACUGGAGACGAACUAGAAUUGCUGGUUUGACUUGGUUUUUUCAAUGUUUCUGUGGAUCUUCUUUGAUGGGCUAUUCAACUGUAUUUUACCAACAAGCGGGAUUACCUGUUAGUAUGUCAUUUACUUUUUCUAUCAUACAAUACUGUUUAGGUAUUGUUGGUACUGUUAGUUCUUGGUUUCUUUCCCAAAAGGUAGGAAGAAGAAAAAUUUAUUUAACCGGGUUAAGUACAAUGAGCCUUUUGAUGUUGCUAGUAGGAGGAUUGGGAACCUCCAGCUCUAAAAGUGCAAAGUGGGGUGUCGGUACUCUCCUAUUACUUUUUACAUUUGUUUAUGAUUUAUCAGUGGGUCCAAUGUGCUACUGUAUUGUUGCUGAAAUGCCAUCUUCCAAGUUGCGUACCAAGACUGUUAUGCUUGCCAGAAAUACUUACAACGUUGCUCACAUUGUUGCUGGUGUGGUCACUCCUUACAUGUUGAGCCCAACUGCUUGGAAUUGGAAAGCCAAAACUGGGUUUUUCUGGGCUGGAACUGCUUUCGUUGGUUCUGUUUGGGUCUUUUUUGAAUUGCCUGAAACUAAAAACAGGACUUAUGCUGAAUUGGAUAUUUUAUUCCAAGAUGGAGUUUCUUCUCGCAAAUUUAAUAGCACCGACGUUGAGGUAUUUGAUGCUGGAAAGUUGAUGGAAAAAUAUGGUGCAACUGGUAUUAAACAGAUUAUUGAGCAUGUCGACAAAACCAAUUAUGAUAUUCUUGAACAAAACCGUUGA